AUGAGACCGAUUUUGCGCCCUCAGCCAUUCUUAAGGCAUUGCACAUUACAACACCAAGGAGAUAGACUCAUAUCGACCACAAAUAAUUCUUCAAUAUCAGCAGUCGCAUGUCGCCAUGCAUCAACCUCCAAAUCCGCCUUGAUAGCAUGUUCGCAGCAAUCGCCAUUGACACUACGACAAUCAACCCGGCUACGAACACAAUAUCUACAUCCCACCCGCCACAACCGAUCAUUUAUCAACAUCCCCAACAUCUUCAACAAUAACAACAACAAUACUCCACAAGCAAUCCGCACCCUCCGCGCCUCCCGCACAUUACCUUUCCCCCCCUCCCCGCUCUACGAAAUCAUCGCUUCAGUCGAAUCCUACGCUGAAUUCCUGCCUUUUCUCGGCGCCUCAACCGUAACAGCGCGCGACCCGAAAACGGGGUAUCCCUCGCAGGCAUUCCUGACAGUAGGCUACGGCCCCUUCACAGAAACGUUUACGUCCCGCGUAAUAUGCGAUCGCGACAAUUGGACUGUUGAAGCUAAGAGCGGUGGUGGUGUAGGUGAGGACGGGAAACCGAUCCCGGGCGCGGAUGAAGGGUUGUUUAGUCAUUUGAGUACGAAAUGGGAGCUUGUUCCAAGGCCCUCUGCUUCGGCAGGAAGUGCUGGCGCAGAGACGGAGGUGAGGCUCGAGAUUCGGUUCAGGUUUCAGAAUGCCAUGCAUACGGCUAUGAUGUCUGCGGUGGAGGAUAAGGUUGCUGGAGUGAUGAUUGAAGCGUUUGAGAGGAGGAUUAAGGAGCAGAUGACUUUGGGUCGAUGA